CACAAGGUUAUAUCUAUUCAGGCAUCACGCAUCAUCAUCCCAUAAACUAAUUCAUAGUGAUUUUGUGAUCAGUGGAAGUGAGUUGUAACAAUGUCAGUGCUACUAAGUGAGGAACAGAAAACUAUUAUUGACUCCGUGGCCAGAAAAAAUGGCUUCACGGAUGAUUUUGAAGUAUCUGCGUGUGCCGGUACAGUGAAAGGGGAUAAUUAUUUAGGGGUUAUAACGAGAGUGACUAUUAAAAAUGAUGCUCGCAAACUGGAAGUCAUUCUUAAAUCGGCAUCAACCAGUGAGGCUCUCAGAAAAGCUGUUUCAAUUCACAAUGUGUUCUGCAGAGAAAUAUAUAUUUACGAGAAGAUAUUCGGGGAGUUCAAGAAAUUCCAGGAUAAUUACAUCAUUUCGAAUCCAUUUUCUGGACACGCCAAAUUAUAUGAGACCUCUCUCAAGGAUGGACACGAAUGUUUGGUGAUGGAAAACAUUGUGGAAAAUGGAUAUAAACUCUGGAAUAGGCAGAUUCCGAUGACCCCCGAACAUAUCAAAGCAGUUUUCGUGGAAUACGCUAAAUUCCACGCGGUUUCAUUAGCAAUGAAGCACAAAAAUCCGGAUCUUUUUGAGGAUCUAACUAGUGGGAUUGAAGAACAUGUUUUUGAAGCAGAUAUGGACGAUCAGGUGAAAUUUCAGUCAUUCAUAGAUGCAGUUAUUAAUAACGGGUCCAAAGCUCUCGAAGGAGUACCAGAUUUGUUGGACGUAUUGAAGAGGCUGGGAACGUCUCUACCUGAAUAUUUCAAGAAUGAAAUGAAGGACCCGAAGUGGAAUUUAGUGGUCAACCACGGAGAUUGCUGGUGCAAUAAUCUGAUGUUCAAGUAUGAGACACCAGAAAACUUCUCGAAAAUCUCUAAGGUCUGCAUCUUGGAUUGGCAAUUAUCAAAAUUUGGAUCACCUGCCGCUGACCUAACCUACUUUUUCUUCGCCCACAGUCCAAAGGAAGUUCUUUACGACUAUCAAAAAUACUUGAAAUUGUAUCAUGACACCGUCUGCCAGAAUUUGAAAGAAUUUUCCUGUGAUCCUGAAGAAAUUUUUCCUUACAGUCUCUUAGAGGAGCACUGGAUACAUUUCAUCAAAUUCGGAGUGUAUAUGGCUAUGAUGAUAUUGAAAAUUAUGUACUGUGAUUCUGAUGAAGCACCUGAUUUAGCGGCGACAACUGAAGCUGGGAAUGAUGUUAUGUCAUCUUUCUCAUUCGAGUCCAGAAAUGCUGAUGGAUAUAAUGAAAGAGUCUCAACUUUGAUAAGGUUUUUGGUUGAUACUGGUUUGUUAUCAUAAUAUGUUGUUAGAACAUGAAUAAUUAGAUUGAUAUAGAUAGAUAUUUAAUUUCCACAGAGUUCACGUGAACAUGUGUGAUCAAUACGGAUCUGUUUGAGAAACUCAUCAUAUUUCGAAUGCAUAAAGCAAUCAAAAAAAAAUGUUUUGAUGAAAUAAUGUGAUAAUUACAAUAUCGCACAACUUUUCAACUUUUCGUAGAAAUUAAUUCCUCAAUACUGUAUGUUCCUCAGAGAAUAUACUAUACAGAUCCCUGCCCAAAAUCCCAUUAUUUUUCUAAUGGUGUCAAUACAUUGUAAAUUCAUUUUGUUUGUAUUAUUAGCGAAGAUGCAACUCAGUGCCCUCUUGGCAUCGUCUUUGUUUUUUCCUUUGUCGAUGCAUUGGCCGUGCUGCGCGUUGAGAUCCAACUAUUACUAACGAAGAUAGGACUCUUUUCUUUGUCAAUGAAUUCAACAUUUCUUUUCCUUCUAUUUGACGUGCAAGUAAGUGACGAUCGAUUGUUAUUAGCAGAGAUACAGCUUAGUACUUAGCAUCACCUAUUUCUUUAUUUUUUUCGGCAAUAAAUUCAACAUUUUUUUUCUUUCAUUAGAUGCUCUACACGUUGGAAUACAACUAUUAUUAACAAAGAUGAGGCUUAGUGUCAUUCUGACAUGACAGCUGUCGGUAUAAAUACCUACUCCAAAGCCCAAUUAUUAUUAUCAAAAUCAGAAUCUAGUCUCCACAUAAUAUAUAAUAAAUUUAUUUGUAUGUCAGAAACUUGAAAACAGUGGAGUUCAAUGGCAAUUAGACGUGUUUCGAGAGAAGUGAGCCACCCAUCUUCAGUAAAACAAGGAACAGUUUGAAAAAAUUAUGUAAAUUAACAAUAGUUUGAAACAAUUGAAGAAUAACGAAGUCGUUAGGGGUAAUUUGACACGAAAGCUCUUUCUUUAGCUUAUGGUUAUAUCCAACAUGGUUGGGUAGAAUAUUUAUGAUAAUUAGUAACAUCAAAAUUUGUGAAAAAUGUUCAGGUGUAAAUUGUCUGCAUUAUGUAUAUUGUCUGACUGUCUAAAAUAAUUUUUUAUAUUAUUGUAAUUAUUUCCAUUUUUUUAUUCACAAAAAAUUAAUGUUUGAGAAGAGAUGAAAUGAUUGAUAAGCUCUGGAGAAAAUUGUGUUCAAAGUAUUCGAUUGAUGUAUUUUCAGAAUCGAUAAUGAAGAAAGUAAACAAAGCGACGUUAUUAGUAUUACGUGUCUGAAGUAAUAUUGAGCAACAACGAUUACAUAAUUGUAAAUAUUAUUUCGAAAUCUCACUCAUGAUUACAUUUCAUUGAAAUAAUAUCAAUAAUUGUUUUGCUUGUAAAAAUAAAUAACACAGAAUAAAAUUUUUGUUAUACAUAUAUUAGGUAUGAUCUAUAACACUGCUUGUUUAUUUCCAUAUGUGAGUUAUUUCCAUAACUAGUUAGUAUUAUUUCAAAUUUACGUCCUGUACUCAUUGUUAUUAUUUCAAAUAUAUUCGGUAUUAAUGUCUUGGAAUCUGUGUUUUUUCCAUAAUAACAGUUAUUCACCAUUUUCACGGAUCGUCAACAUCCGACAUAUCACCAGCUCAAAUUUCAUGACUGAGGGUCGUGUUACAUGUAAUACAAUAAAUGAUACACUCAUCACAAAAAAGUUAAAACUACAUCAUUAAAAAUAAAUCAGUAUCCACAAAGUCCAAACCAAACCAUCAAUUCAUUUGAAGUGACUUGCAAAUCAAACAUUUCAUGUUAUGAAUUCAAACUUACAUGUACAUUUAUAAAUAUACAAAAAUAUAUUUAUUCAAUCAUU